AUGUCGGAUACUGCCCAACCACCGGGAACUCCGCCUGCUGCAGACACGCAAACCGCAACAACGGCAGACGAGCAGCCUGCGCCCCCCACCGAUAUGAACAGCACUGUCGCCGACCCAGUCAACCAUGCAACUAGAGACCCCAAGUUUAGUCCGGGAGCCGGCCAGGCCUUCUUUUCUACCGAACUUGGUACCCGCGCUCCCCGUUCACUAGGUCCAAUUCGUGCGCCCGUCAUCGCACGUAGCGUCCAAGGUCCUGCGGCUGUGGUGCAAGCAGCGACUCAUUGGCAAGUGAAAUACAAGAAUCAGUGUCUCUGCAUUCUACCCUCACAGGGGUGGACCGUGGAAGACCUGUGGGAUGCCGAAGAUGUCCACAUCGAGGGCAGGAAAUUCUGCGAAGAGAUGUUGACCUUCAUCUCUCGAAACACCUACUACGCGGCGGACCGAUUCGCUAAGGAUUGGGCGCUCGCGCAUCCAGAUCGAGUCGACUUUAUCGGGCUUCAGAUGGGCAACGUCUACGAUAUCAACGAUCCGCUUGCCGUCGUCGACCAGAUCUUCGUGUUCGGCGAGCCUCUCGGGUUCCCUCGUGUGUUCCUCUGGCACGUCGCUCAUAUUCUGAUUACUACAUGGAUCGAGAUGAACAAGGCGACUAAUGAGACACUGCGCGAGAGCCUGACGCCACAAGCACGCACUUGGGUUCAACAGUCCACCAAUGAAGCAACCCAGCCUUCGUCCACCAUUGUCGAGAUGUCUACAGACAAGAAAGGCAGUAAGAAAAACCGCAAGAUCACACGAUCUCGACCCAGCAAACUGACCACACCGGCAGAACCUUCGUCCGCCGUCGAUAAGCCAGACCAUGUCGCGAAUGAGUCUUCCGGAGUACCAGAUCAGCCCAACGUGCGCUAUGCUCCUCCACGCAUCCCAUCGCAGGGUCUUGUUCAGCGUGGGGGUCAUUCUGCUCCGUUGAGGAGCGGCGAUAUGAGUGUUCCGGCGGGGCCCUCGAGGCCGUCGCCCAACAUGCAUGCGCUAUCCUUGAACAUUCCAAAAUCCAAUCGUAACAUGAACUCCGGAUCCUACGUUCAGCAACACGGCUGGGUCGAGAACAACAACCGCACUGCAUAUGGUCCAUACCCACGACAGCCUUCUGGCGCUAUGCCUGCCAUGCAGUCGCCUCACUUCCUACCUCCGCAAAUGGCACCGGGCCAACAUAUCGCUCAACCAAUGAUGUCGGGUGUAGUUCCGUAUGUUCAGGUGGUCCAUCAUGGCUUUGCUCUCCAGCACCCCGACCCUGGCCUGAUGUCUCGAGCACAACUCAACUACCAGCAGAACAUGAUGCAAGCUCAGCCAAUAAACCCUAUAUUCACGCAGCAGCCACACAGCCAGCACGUCUCGAUGGGCGACAUGACUAACAACAUGAUGCUUCAACACCAGGAUCCUCGUGCGCCGGUGCCCCGUCGUUCCAAUCCACCGCGCAACCCCCAAGAGCUCUACGAUCCUUACGGUGGCAACAACCCUAAGUUCAACGGUGCCCCAGGUCAUAACAACACAGGCCGGAAGGGCGGUAACAGCGGCUUCGCCGCUCAGUCUGGUCGUGGCCGCAAAGUAUCCAACCCAGGCGGGCGGGAGUCAUAUAACAGGUCCAACGCUGAUUACAACGGCAACGUUCCAUCCAGCGGACCUCGAUAUGCCGACUACAACAAUCGCCGUCGCCCAUCGGAAGACGACCCGGCUAUCACUGGCGACUCCGUCUCUGGUUGCGGUCAUACAUGGAUUGGACCCAAGAACCAGACCGUCACCGAGCUUUGGAUCGGAGAUUUGUUACCCGAUACCGGCGAGUCUGAAAUUGCACAGAUGUUCAAGCAGACGAUCGGCAUUAGCCCUAUCGCGGUCUCCUUGAGGGGCAACAAGAUCGGCGCAAGUUCUAUUCAUGCCUUUGCUACAUUCGUAUCAACUGCAGACGCCAGCGUAGCCUUGGGUAUUAAUAAGUUUAAUCCUCACAAAGACGAUAAGCCUGUCACUGAUGUAGAGUCAAAUGCACCUACAGAGAGCGUCAAGGCAUCGUACUCUCCCCAGGAUGCUAGAAGCGGCCUGUUGAAGAAGCCAUCCCCGCAGUCGGACGUUCCUAGCUAUCCAGAGACAGGAGACGUCAAGCUCGAGAUGCCCAAACAUCAGCAGAAAUCUCCUACAAAGAAGAACAAGGGCAAAGGUAGGCGCGAAUCAACAGUCAAGAACAUCGAUGCAGCCGAUGAGAAGACGAAAGCUGCUGGGAAGCUGAACUCUGACGGCCCAGCUGUCACGAAAGAGGAAGAGACCGGCACAGAGUCUACCAAAAUCAUCACUGAACCUACGAAGCCAGCGACUGUCGAUGGGCCUACUUCUUCGGCUGAAGAACAUAAAUUCUCUCCCUUCGAAUCAGUACCAGCGCUAGACCAGCCGGAAAAUGUAGCCGACGCCUCUACCGUACUGCCACCCAAGGAUCCGGAGACGCUAGAGGCAGGACAAGACGCCAAGACAACACAGAAAGAGCGUGACACCGACGUCCCUCUCAACUUCGCGGGCGCCCUUGCUAAGAAUCUAGAGACUAGAUCUGAAGCUACUUCCAUCGCUAAGGAUAGUGAGAACACAGGUGGUGGGCCUUCGAGUACAGCUCCGAUAGAAUCGCCUGCGCAUUUAGCAGAAAACGACGUCUCGGACGAUGAGGCCAAGAACGACACUAGCUUCCAUUCUGCGCCAGAAAUCCAGCCUGAGUCUGUGCAAGCGCAGCCGCAACCAGAGCUCCAGGACAAGGCGAUGACCACGAACCAUGAAACCACAAAGUCGCCGUCUAUACCUACCGAGACCAGCCUGAAUAAAUCCCCAACACUGAUCACCCCGCGCAAUAUUACUCAGUCUGAUUCACCUGUAGCUGCGCCGCCAAAAGAAGAUACCGCGCCUCAGCUUCCAGCGUCGGAGAGUACACAAGAUCCUACAACAACCGCUACUGCUCAAGGAAACGAAGAAAUGUCAACAGCUGCAGAGACCUCACCCGUCACUGCAACUAAGAAAGCUGGUGCUCAGCAGAUGCAGUCGCUCCACCCGUUCGCGAAGAGCAACAAGUCUCAGGCCAAACGAGAAAAGGAGGCCAGAAAGAAGCAGCAGAGGAAAGAAGACGCUGAUCGGGUCGCUAAGGCGAAGGCUGAUAAGGCCAUAUCCUCGCAAAAGCCCAACGACGGUCCCUCCGCUCAGCGUGAGACUGGAUCUCUAGGAGACUCUGUGAACUCACCUGGAGCUACAGAUACAGUUGCUCAACCAGAAGCGGCCAACUCAAAGACUGGCGGUGAUAGCACCACAGGAAACAAGAAGUCCAAAGGCAAGGCAAAGAUGCAGCCAGCUGGUACCAGCUCUGCCGAUGGCGAAGACAAGGCUGUUGCCGAAUCGGAGAAUGGUAAACUCAAUGGUAAUAUCAACGAUUCCAAGGAUGUCUCUUCAGUAACUCACCAGGCGGAAAAGAUGGAGGCCUACCUCGCGGCGCCAGCCAACCAGGGAUCUUCGGGAGACUCUGGGGUAACCCCAGCUGCUGAACCGACCCCAUCAACUCCACCAUCUGUCCCUUCAAUUACCCCAAAAACACAAGGCUCCUCCCAGAAGAUGCCCGCCCAGGAAGUAAAUGAUCCCCAUAACCUCACUUCCAAUCAACAAACUCACGUUCCAGGUCACUCUCGCCGCUCUUCCGCUUCCACGCUAGUCGGAGAAGAGCGAGUGUUACCGUCUGCUUUUACCCCUCCUGCCCCUACCCACCCGGACUCCUCGCGAACCGUCUCUCCUGAUGAAGCACCCCAGCUCGACGCCACCCCGACUGUAGCACCCAAGAAGAAAAAGAAGAAACCAAAAAAGAAGAAGACCGCACCCGUCCUCCCUUCAGUUGACCCCGACCCCCCCAGGGACGGGGACUAUCAUAACUAUGAUCCUUUUUCGUCCCAAAUGAGCCACAUAGAUGCUAUUCGUCGGGCUAACAAGUACGAUACUACCUCUUACUAUGCGGUUACAAACGCGCGAAUGGAGAGGGAUGCUGAAGAGAGCAGAAGGGCUGCUCGAGCCCUUGCGGAUCUGGAUGAACAUGCUAGCUGA